GACGGUUUACGGUCAUUGUUUACAUUCUCGUAGGGAACAUGUCGGUUCCUGAAAAUCGAUGGAAAAUAUAAAUAAGACAACUUAAAGGUGCCCUGUGAAUACUUGGUACACCCCGCAGCAGUUCUAUCUGUACAGCAUUCCAGAGGAAACCAGACAUAGGAAUGAGAUUUACACAGCAAAUAUGAGUGAUCUGAAUCCACCAGAUGAUGAGGACUCUGGUUAUACCAGUAAGAACCAGACAGAGAGUCUGCCCACGACCGGUUCAGUCCCUGACAUAGCGGCUGCAGAGUCAUCCUCUUCUUCAUCAGAAAAUAUCAAAAGCAUCAGUACAGACCAGAAGGAUUCAAAAAGUGUGAAAAUGCAAAAAGAUUCCAGACAAGGAGAUUUGGAUGAGACUGUGGUAGCAGGGAGCUUACCAGCCUCUCCCAGCACACCUCCAUCCUCCAGAGCAGAGUUAUCUCCCCUUGUCACCUCAACCCCAAAACAGUCAAGAGAGUUUUCUAAAGAAAGCAAUACCAGAAGCACAGAAAGAAAGGAUAAUGAACAGGCACAGGGAUUGAUAGGCUCCAGUAUUUCUCAGUCAACAGAAUCUGACAAAAGAGAUGCCACAAAAUUAGAAGGCAGUGCUACAAGCACUGGAGGGUCUGGGAUACAGUCUAUUAAAAAUCUGUUAUCUUUAGGUGCUAGACCUAAGUCGCCUAAAGUUAGUAGAUGGGCAGCAUUGAAAAAGCAGGAAACUUCCCAGAGUAGUAGGUCCUCUCUAUGGCAGCAUGUAGUGAAUUCCUCCAUCAUUAAUAUUCAUGAUAUAGGAUCAGGGGUUGAUGGAGCUCCAGCCCGAAAAGCUGAGCCCAAACCAAAACCUCUCUGGAAAUUUAACAGACCUGCUGAUGUGGGUAGUAGUAAUGAAGUCGAAGCAGCUGAGAAUGAGAGUGAAGCUGCAAAUGCAGAAAGGAAAGGAGAAAGCAGAGAAAGUAUUUCAGAGCCUUCAUCACCUGAAAUUCCACCAGAGAAAGAGCAAGCCAUGGAAAUGUCAGACAUGGAAAAGUUAUCAGAGGUUCUGGCAGAAAAAGGAGAUAUAAAGGAUAUAGUAGGUGAGAGACCAUCGACACAGCUUCCAUCAGAAAAAGAGCUAGUAAGGAAAGCAUCAGAUAAAGAGAAAUCAUUGGAGGAGGUUUCCAAAGAGCCUGAAAUUUUAAAGGAAGAAAUAGAUAGAAUAUCAUCAACAGAAUAUACAACUGAAAAAGAACAAGCCGGGGAAGCAUUGGAUAAAGAAAAUUCAUUAACCGAUGCUCUUAAAAAGAAGGAAAAUGCAAUGGAAAUAUCUGAUGUACAUGUAGAAAGAUCAUUAUCAGAGAUUUCACCAGAAAAAGAUCAUACUGAAAGACAAUUGGAUACAGAAAAGUCAUUAGCUGAGGCUCUUAUAGAAAAAGAUCAGAGUGAAGGAAUACUAGAUGAAGAAUCAAAGAUAGAGGAUACAUCAACACCUUCAAGAUCUAGAUAUGAUGAAGUUUUGUCUUCAACAGUCCCAAACCAAGGAAUGAUAGAAACUCAUACACCAGUCGCAAGGCCUAUUUUAUCAGAAGACACCACCUCUGUUCAAAUGAGCAAUCAAGUUUUUAAAGGUACCUACAGCAAUAAAACAAGUAAAAGAACAGACCCUGUUCCCUAUAAAACAGAUGAUUAUACCUAUAUGAACUUAGGGACACCAUCAUCUUUGGUUGUGAAGGCAUCUCUACCACCUGACACCUCUGAAUUACAUGGAUCUCCAGUUCAAAUAAAGGCAGGUGGUGUAUCAGAUACUAAAUUGAUUGACUCUGAUGAAAGCAAAGUAUUGGAACAGAUAUCCAAAGAAAUUCCUUCAGAUGAAGAAAAUUUUCCCAAAGAGGAAAAGCGUCUUCUAAGGGAGGAUGGAUAUCCUCGAACAGAGGAUGAACGUGAUCAAAGUAUAGAGCAAAAUAUUCAAAGAAGGGAGGAGAAACAGACUGAUGCACUUCAGAAAUAUUCUGAGCUCGAGGGAAAUUAUGUCAUAGAAAAAAAUGAUUAUCUUAAGAACCCAGAGUUUAUUUCCAAUCAAGAAACAGAGCAAAGCAAAGAGGCAAUCUUUGACCUGAAUCAAGAUGAGUCGAAUGAGAUAUCAUUUGAAGUGCCAGUGGCUCUAAAAAAGUAUAUUGACCCUUUGUGCACAGAGUGGCAAGAUCCAAACAACAGAAAAAUGAUUUAUAAAUUGGCAGUUCAGAAAUACUAUAGUGAUACAGGUACUAAGUUUGAGAGUGCCGAUGCUUGCCUCCUGAAACCUACAAAACAACUACUGAAAGCAACUUACUCUCGCAGAAGCAGUUUGAAAGGUGGAGCAAUACCUGGUGAUUUACUGAAAACCAUGCUCAAAGAAAAGGCAGCAGUAGAGCUGGCAGACCGACGCCAUUCUUGUAAUGAGGAAACCUGGAAACAAAACAGACCAGAAACAGGUUAUCUUAUGAGGAAGACAAUGUCAGAAGAUGGUGUUGGCCUGUCAGGCAGUGGGCUUGGCAACAAAGAUGAUUCACUGAAACAAGGUCAUUUGGAAAAAGAAACUGCAGAGUUUAGCCAUAGAACACCAGGCUAUGGAGCCUAUAGUUUUCAUAACCUCUCUAGACUUGUUAUUCCAGAAAUGGAGGAAGAUGAGGCCAACAUUGCUAUGUCUGUAAGAAGAAAGUCAGAUUUAGACAUAAGCUCUCAUCAUAAUUGGAAACCUCCUAAACUUGCCCUUGAAGACUCUUUUAAAAGAUCCCACAAAUCCUUGCCAAGUGUAAUAAAAAAUAAAACAAAGCAUUUUCUCAAAAAAUAUGAUAAUGAACAUGCAGAAAACCAGAAAAUGAUGGGAGAAAAAAAUCCACCUGACAAUUGUGAUCAAGACUUGUCAAAAGAAACAAUAUCAUCCAAAUUACCCGAAGCAUUAGAACAAUGGAAUCACCCUCUAAGAGAAAAGGAAUUCACUGGUAUAGAAAGCAGUUCUAUAGCAUCCUCGAAGGAACCCAUUGUUUCUGAAAAACAUGGAGAGGAUUCCGAUGUCGAUCAACAAGUUCAACUAACAACUGUAGUGAAAGCGGACCUACCAGAGAGGAAAAAGAGGUCAGUGACAGAAAUUCAGAGAGAAGGAUAUGGAGAGGUAGACUUCAACUCUCCAACAUUAGUCCUAGAGAACCUCAAGAUUAACACUAGUACAGAAGGGGAAGACAAUAAGGAAAGUACUGACCACCAGGCACUGGAAACUAAAAAUCCAAACAAUGAAAAGAAUGGACCCUCUGCAUUGUUAAUCAACAGUACAAUGACAGAAGGCAGUAAGAGUUGUGGUAUUUCACCGGCUGCAGAACCAGAAAAUGAGGAAGGAGUUGACACUAGUGAUGCUAUUGACAAUUCCCCAAAACUUGCCACAAAGAAUCCUGAUAUUGAAUCCAUUAAAUUGCUGCUUCAAACAACUCUUGAUCAACAAUCUGCUUUGCUUCAAAAGCAAAGCCUUGUGUCAGCAAUUAUAUUACAGUCUUUACAAAAAGGAAAUCUUAAGGAAGAAGAUCUGAGUACUCUUGUGUCUCUCCAUGAAGCAGGUGAAAUAAACUUAGAAAAGUCAACCCCCAAAAAUAUAAUGAUGAUUCAACCUAAAGAGGGAGAACCAAGCACCAAGAUACAAAGCAGCAAAAAGUCAUUGGAUGGAAAGUCAGUUUAUAGAGCACAAGGCCAUAAACACAAGGACCAUUCAUUACCAUCAGAAGUUUUAAAAAGGAAGCUUGAAAAGGUAAUAAAAGAAAAGGUGCCACUGGACAAGACUGAAAGAACAGAGAGUCCAAAUAGUUCCAUUGAUAAAGGGUAUGAGAGUGGUGUUGAUACCAGUGCUCAUACAGAAAACAACACCUUAGAUCAAGAUCAGUUGGAAGAGAGAGAAUCUAGGCGAUUCUGUUUUGCCAACAGGGAGGAAACAGAGGAAUGCAAUGACACGAGGGAUUUGAUCAAAAGACUCAACCCCAGUUCUGUUUUAGUUGAAUCAAUCAGUGAUGAGGAGUUAGAAGUGCUUAUUCCCUCUAGUUCCUCUUUCAGCAAGUCUUACUCGGACAGAAAACUGCGAGGUUUCUCCGAAAGAUCUAGCAGUCAUCUUGAUGACUAUGAUGAAGAACUCAUAUCUUAUUACAGCCAUGAGGAUUUCGACGUAAAGAAGAAAGUGUCUAGUCAGAGUAAGGAUAUUUAUGAAAUGGGAAGUAACAUGCAGUUGUGCAACUUUCAUGUGCAGCCAUCAAAAAAUUCCCUUAAAGUUCAGGAAACUUCUCCUUUACCAUACAACAAAUAUAAGACAGAAUAUACUGCAAGAGAGAUCAACACAGAACCUGGUGCAAUCAUUUACAAACUGAACAACCCAAAUACAGUUCCAGCCAAAGAUGUGCGGUUCAAGGAGAGUCCGCUUUUCUUGAGGAACAGUGAUAACUACCCAAGUGAGCUGAGUGAUCCUGUGUCCUCUGUCGCUUCCUUCCCUCACAUAAACAGCUUAGAGGUCACAGCCAACCAGAGCUAUCAGGCAAUGUCUGAUGAUGGAUCACAGGAGGAGUCUGAGGAGUUGAUAAACCUCCCACCCAAAAGAGUGACCUCCAUACGGGACUUUCUGAAGUUGCUGUACAGUAGAGAUCCUGAGUUUAUCAGGCAGUCUUUGAGCAGUGCUGACUGCGAGUACACCACCCUUAAACAGCUCCUGCAUGCCUUCUACAGCCUCACCACUGAUGGCUCAGCCAAUGAUGUUGCAGAGUCUCCAAGAAAGAGGAGUUUGCCCUCUGUCAGCCCUAGGAGUAUGACCCCUGAGGCUCGAAGCUGGCUGAUGGAAAAGGAGGUCUUAGAAAACCAAACAAGAAAGUUACAAAUGGAGGUAUCCUCUCUCCACACCGAGAACAAGAUCCUCAAAGAGAGGCUCAACAGAGCACAAGUAACAGUUGAAAAUCUUGAAGAGAAACUUGCCAGCAAUAGAGAUGAGGUGGACAGUGUUUAUCACACACUACAGCAACAACAAAUGGAGGCUGAAAGGAAAGCCUCUGAUGAAAAGUCAGAGGAACACUCUCAUCUGCAGUCCCAGAUAGAGAAACUGUACCAGGAGAACUACCAGCUAAAAUCGGAGGUGUCAAAGUUUGAGAAACAUUUAGAUGCUGCUGAGAAAGCAUCAAGCCAAAUUAAACUGAGUGCAGAAAAAGCAAAAACAUUGGAAGCAUAUAAAAUGGAAGUUUUGACCCUGAGGGAGGAAGUUGGAAAAGUAAAAGCUCUUUUAGAGCAGAGUGAAAAUCACCUCCAUGAGGAGGAAGUCAGGAGUAAGGAACUGAACCAGCAAGUUAUAAAACUGACAGAAAUGAAGAAUCUUCUGCAGCAGCAAUUAGACAAGGGAGGUGUUGGAACAGUGUCUGAAAAACAGAUCAAGUCUCUAGAAAAGCGUCUGAAGAUCACGGAGGAGCGCCUUCACCAGGAGCGGGCGGACCGCGCCAACAACCUGUCAGAGGUGGAGGAUAAGCUGCUGACGGAGAACGCACGCCUACAGGCUGUAGAGAAGGAACUUAACAGGCAGCUACAACGUGAAAAAGACAAAAACCGUAACCUUGACAAUAAGGUCAAGGACACAAGAGAAGAAGUGGAAAGACUGCGAUUAGCUCUUCCGUUUGAUGAAACUACCUUGACCUCAGCUAAGUCUGAGGAGUAUGAUAUUCCGUACAGUAUACACAGCAACCAGAGGCACGAAAACAAAAAGACACCAGAUUAUAAAUAUGUCAUGGGACAAGUAGAACAACAGUCUGGUCUUACCAUUGGUCAAGAGAAAGAGGUUAUAUGUCACCUUUGGAGCUCAAGGGAGACAACUUAUCAGCAAUUACGUCAUUUACAAUACAUUCUCCAGGAUUUAAAUCUCCCAGACAAUGAUUUAUCUGCUGGGCUGAAGCAACUGAGAGACCUGAAAAGUCAGUACGAAACCAAGCUACAGCAGACAGAGGAGAAGCUUCGUGACUCCCAAUCCCAGCUCGCUACAUUUGAAACAACCUACAGAGAACAACUAAACACGCUAGUCAAAGAGAGACAUGAUUCUUUUGCCCGUUUGAAGACAACAGAGGACUUGCUAGAGGCCCUCCGAGGGGAAAAUGAAAUCCUCAAGGCUGGUGUAGGUGGUAGUGUAAGCACCAAAAACUCAAAUGCACAGAACAACAACACAGACGCCCUUCACUUAGAGAUAAAGAACCUAGAGAACCAGCUGCACCGCCUACAGACCAGGAACCAGGUUCUGGAGGGGGAGGUGCACACCCUGAGGGUACAGCUGGAGGGGAGGGAGAAAGCCCUGGAGGAGGCCCAGUCAGAGGCUGACCUUGCCAACCGUCGCCUUGACAACACAGACACUGUCCAACGGAAACAGGACAGGAUUGACCAACUCCUAGCAGAGAACCAAAACCUUCUGACAGAAAUAAGGAUUCUCAGAGAGAAGAAUGGCUAUUUGACCGAUGAGAAGAAGCGAAGUGAUACUAACAUUGCAAACUGUCAUCGGGAGAUAAAUGUGUUAAAAUCGCGUCAGAAAGAGGGUAAAGCUGGAGACCUGGCAGAUAACAAGUAUGUGCAGUCAUUACAAGAGGAACUACAGCAGAAGGAGGUUCAGCUAAGUCGGUCAAAUCGAGAUUUACAGAGCCUGGAGAGUGAGUUACAGCAAACUCGGCAUGCCAUGUACAGUGAGCAGGCUCAGAUCGCAAACCUACAGGCCCAGGUGGAUAGUUUGAGGGAUCAAUUGGAGCAGAAGAACUCCAUUCUGGACACUGUCGGAGGAAGUGAGUCAGACUCACAAUCUCAUUACAACUCGCUGAAGGACACACUGGAAUCUAUGUCUCAAGAACUCACUCUGGUCCAAGCACAGAACAAGACUCUGCAGGCAGAAGUCAACCGCGAGAAAAGUCGAUGUGAGAUUCUUCAGGAGGAGAUGUCUAGAACCAGUGUUCACUCAGAGCCCAGAGAGAGUUCUGACUUGGAGCUCCGGAUCAAACAACUGGAGGAGGAGCAGGACAGGCUACAGGAACAUCUCAUAGAAACUUCCAAGUCAAAUGAGGAGCUGACACAGAAUAUGAUUGACACCCAGUCGGAAUCUCAGAAGCUGCAGCAGGAGAUUAGCUCAGAACAAGCCAAGCUUCUCCACAUGUCAGCACAGAAGGGGGAACUAGAGCAGCACUUGGAGGAAAUAGCAGAGGAGCAUGAUGCUCUGAUUCAGGAGAAGACCCAGAGUGAGGAGGACCUGGUGAAGCUGGAGAACAAGGUACAGGAGAUGGUGAACAAGUUUGAGACGGACAGCCAGCGCCAGCACAACAACUUCCAGACCCACUACGGCGACAUUCCGCCCGAGUUCAGAAAGAUGGCUGCUGAACUAGACUCCUUAAGGACACUUCUAGAUGCCAAGACUGGAGAAAUGGAAAUGUUGCAAGACAAGUUGACUCGGCAAAGCAUGGAGACAGAAUUCCUACAGCGACGUAUAGAGCUACUACACAGUGAGAACCAGUGUAAUCGUGAAGAUAUUGCGCGACUGACUGGUGAACUAGCCCACAAGAUAAUAGAGGCUAGUUCUUUGAAAGAAGUGAACCAGACAUUGUCCAGGGAGCGAGUUAAGAUUCAGCACCAGAGGGAGACAGAUGAGAGGGAGAAGGCACUGGAGAGGUCACACAAUGAGAAGUACAGAAAGGAUGUGUCCGAGGUCAUACACAAGUUAAAAGAGGAAAAGAAAUUUUCCUCCAGAACUGACAAGGAGGAAGUGAGAUUGACCAAUCAGAGGCUCGAUUUAUUAUCGUCAGAACACGAGAAGGUCCUCAAUAGUCUGAACGCGGAGAAGCAGGCCACAGCACAGCUCCAAGCUGAUGUGCAGAAAUACCAGAGGGAGUGUGCAGAACUAAAAGAACAGCUUCAGACCAUCACCAUGGAGUUUGAAACAGCCAAAGCACAACUUUCAGCUCGUGAUGAAACCAUUGAUAGUCUGAAGCAAGACAAGGGAGCAUUCUACCAAGAAUAUGACAGCAUGUGUAGAAGACUUGCUGAAAAAGAUGAGAAAAUUGAGAUGCUCCAGCAAAAGUAUAACAAGUCUUUGGAUACCAUGAAACAGGAGUUUUCUCAGCAAAAGCUGAAUCUCGAACAGGAACGCACUUCUGCAGAGAGUGACCUUGACAAAGCCAAGGAAAAAAUUAAUUUCUUAAAUGAAGAAAUAAAACAGAAGGAUGCUCAGCUGGUUACAUUUGGACGAGCAUUACAGGAAUUGGAGGAAGCCUCAAAGAAGAAACAUGAAUUGGAGAACCAGGUGGAGAUGUUGGAGUUUGACUGUAGCUCUGUCAAACAGCUGCUGCAGAAUCACCAGAGAGAGAUAGAGUCCCACCAAAGCACAAUACACAGAAUGCAGGAAAUCCAGGCUAAACUCCAGGUGGAGAAAACCAGGCUGACAGACCAACUCAAGGAGGAGAAAGAGUCCUCCUCACGGGAAAUACAGCACUUGAAGAAAACUUUAUCAGACACCGAGUCGCACCAUGAAGGCGAGAAAGCCUACCUCAAAGAAAAUCUGUCUCAGACUCAGGCCAGGCUAAAGGCCGUGGAGACCAGUUUGGCAUCAGCUGUGGAGGCCCGCGACAAAUUCCAGAUGACCAAUCGGAUGCUGGAGCACUCCCUGGAGGAGAAGAAGUCCAAGCUCGAGGAGGAGAGCACCUGCUUCCGAGUCGCUGAGAAGAAAUCGGAGACCCUGCAGAGUCAGCUGAAUGACAGCCGCAGGGAGAGGUUUCUUACGGAGGACAAACUGAACCAGUGUCAGACUAACCUAGUGAAGGUAGAGAAGGAGCUGAGGGCGGAGAGGGACCGCUGUCUGGAACUGGAGGAGAGGAUUCAGGAACUAGAGGCAGUGUCAGCCACCCAGCAGUCCGCAGUGAGGGCCAAGCAGGAACAGGUGGACGUUCUACAGAGUGAGAUUGGAAAGUUAAGGCAGAUCAUUGAUGGCCAAAAGCAACAACUUGGUGGGAAACUUAAGAAGUCCGCCCAGGAGUUCAAACAACAGCUAGACUUGGUAGAGAUGGAAAAAGAGCAGCUAUUAAAACAGAAUCAGCAGUUAACAUUUGAUCUUGAGAAGGCAAGGGAAACAAUCCAGUCUAAAAACAAGGAAAUUCUUAAGAUUCAGGAAAAUAUUCUGAAUUUAGAGGAGCAGAUAAGAGAGAGGUCAUCAAAGCUAAAGAAAAUGGAGGAUAACUUGAAAGUUGAGGAAGAGAUCCAGUCUAAACUGGCUUCCAGAUACCAGGAGCAGGAGGAUGAGGUUAACAGAAUGAAGAAUUUCCUGAGCAAGAAAGCUGAGGAGGCGACCGACGCCGACAAGUCAAUGUGGCAGGACAUGUCAAAGGUCAUUCAGGACAUGAGCCUCAAGAUCCAGCAGCACUUUGAGGGAUCCAAGGAGCGGGAAAACCAGCGAGAACAGGACCUCAAGCUGAUCAAGAAAUACAAGAAGCAGGUGCGUGACCUGGAGGGGGACCUCAAUACAGAGAGGGCAGUCCACUCCAUCACCAAGUCCUCACUGCAGGCCCUCGAGGAGGACUGCCAGAGGUUGAAGAAACAGUUCAUGGCCUCCAAGAGAAGGGACAAGUCCUCAGCCGACAAAUCAUCUAAGUCUCGUAUGGAGGCCAUCAAUGAGAUCAUAGCUCGCUCACAGACACAGGCCCAGAACAUGCUGGCCGCUGGUGGUUAUUUUGAGGAGACUCUACGCAGCAUCACCACUCCUCGGAAUGCAAACUACAACUACCAUGAUGGUUCCCCGGACACGUCCAUUGCCAGUGACUUCUCCUUCAACAGCAUUUCUCCAGCUGUAAUGGCAACUUAUCCGUCACAAGCCAAAUCCCCCCGCAAAUAGUACACAGAUUAUAAAGUGUACAUUUUUAAUAUCAAGGCAUUAUUUAUCUAUAAACUUUUGUCAAAUCAUGGAUUUUAAACAGAAAAAACAUGAUCAGGCCUUAAUAUUUCCUUUAAUACAUCAAGUUUGAUUUGAUCACUGGAGUAAGUGUCUAUGCUAGCACAAUUUUAAGAAAUGAUAUUUUUACUACAGAAAAUUUAAUAAUGAACAAUUUUUAUAGAUUGGAGGCUUAUUUUUUUAAGUUGAUCGUGCAAUACUUUUCCUAGCAUUCCUUUGUUGCAACUUCAUAUAGUGAUAUAUGGGUAUCGGUUUACAUGUAGUGUCAGUGGUUUUUUAUGAUUGUGGAGAAUGACUGCCGUCCUUUUUUUUCUGUGAUAGUCAGAUUUUUUAAUGAGAGAAAAAGUUUUAAUUUAUUUACUGUUUAUCAAAAUAUAUACGGUAUAUAUUUUAUCAUGUAAGGUACGUGUAGAUAUUCAUUUUAACACAGUACAGUAUAAUAUCACAUUCCUAAUUAUGAUAUAUCUUUUAAAAGAAGUUAAUAUUAGUAUUAUUAUUAUAGACAGUAUUUCCUAAAUAUAUCAUAGAACAUGGUGAUUUUUCAUCCGUCCUGAAAAUUUAUAUUAGAAGUGCUGGAUUCCAAAAAAUGGGUUGAUCUGCUUAUUAGUUGUAAAAACUUUCUUUCUUGUUAAUUAAAGUUAAUGUUAGAUACAUCCUCUGUGCAACACAACUUGAUAAAAUAUGUAUGUACCAAACAAAGGAUCUUUACUCGAAAAAAUGUGUUCCUCUUUUUCUCUGUACGUGUUCAGACUGCAAUAUACAUAUUUUCUUAGCUACUUCUGUGGCUUACUGCGUUAUCAGGCAAGUCUUAUUGAUAUUUAAUUAGUUUAAGCAAGUGUUCUUUUGUUGUUUAUUAGAAAAUCAAAAUUGUUCCACUUGCUUGCCAUUGCCCAUUAAAUCCAUCACAGUAUUUAAAAUUAAAUUAAUGGAGAUUUCUUUAGUAUUUCAGUCUUCCAGCCAAUAGAUUCAGUGUAAUCUUUCAGUCACAUAAUUUUCCAUUUGCAAUUAUAUAUUGGUUAACUGUCAAGUGUCUUAAGUCCUAUUUUUGAGGCAGAUCAGGUAUAUAUAGGCUGUUCAAUUUAUAUCUUCAACAUCUUUUUUCAAUUUAAUCCUCACAAUAAUUUUGCCUUAGUUGUCAAGAUUUCAUUUUAUACAUAUAUAUUUACACUGUUAAUCUGUAUUUACACAAUAAAUGUUAAUUGCAAUAUC